UCAUGUACUUUAUUUUCCUUUGUAUUUUUUUUUGAACGAUUUAAUUUAUUAGUAAACUUCAUGUAAACUCAAUAGAAAAAACUUAGUGUACUAAGAAUUGUUUUUUUUACUUAAAGGAAAUGAAUAUAUUAUAACUUUAGUGACUGACCAUUUUAGAUAUUAUUCUAUUGGUCAAUGGAUUAAAUUAGAGCAUUCCGUGCGGAAAGUGUGUCUUUUAUACAUUUAUUAAACCGACUUGCUCUAUUUCGCUUCUUGUACGGGUAGGACUCACAAAUGCGUAGGCAAAGGCGCGUAAAUAUUUGUUUAAGACUUUGUAAUCUUCAUUAUUCAGUGAGUGUUGAUAUACAGUUUUAGCGCCUUUACGUCUUUCAACUAUUUAUUCAUUCGCGAAGAUAUAGCCUUCGCUAUCAAAAACAAGAUUACUCAUGUUUGUUAGCUCUAUAACAUGUUCAACAAAAAGAUUGAGUAUUCUUUUCUGCUUGCAUCUUUGCGUAGUUAACUAUGUUUGGAUUGAUUACCGUGCGGAUGUCAAUAUACAAGCCAAGCCAAGUUUCGGAAUUUCCGAUAUUUGUUUAAGCCUUAUGCAUUUUAUGUGUUUGGCUAAGAAUUAUCCUGUUCCUUCAAACUGUAUUACGUAUAGAUACUUCUGUAGUCUCCUACAUAAUUUCCUCGUCUUUCGGUCAAUUAGUGUUUAUUAACCAAUGACACUCUGUUAGAAGACGUACUAAUCAUUCAGCAAAUCUUUUUUUUUUAACUAAGUAUCCCAGUAAAAAAACCAAUUCUCAUCAACUUCUUUUUCCCUUUGUUGGGGUGCUU